CUAGUCUGCAGAAGAGCAGAUUUUGUAGCUUCACAUGUGAUGGGUCCACUGACUUUACUGGAGAAGACAUUGAAAACAUUUAUUUGCGCACUUGUAACAAUGGCAAAAUACAAGACAGUUUUCUUCAUAUCGGGAGUGCCGAGUCGGCAUGCAUAAUUUCAUGAUAAAGACCUUCAAGGAUCUGGAAAUACACAAUAUUAUGAAAGAAAAGCUGGUGGGAUUCUGUUCUGACGGAGCAUCCAACAUGCAGGUACAUUUGCAGGGUACAUCGUUUUUCAACAACUGGGACUUUAUGCAGGAGAGGGACAAUGACAACACUAGAUGACCUAGAGGUUCUUCACCAAUGUGCCGAUUAUAUUGCCAUUAAUAAACAAUAUGACUUGAAAAUCAACAUGAAUGAGAAAACUGAUGAAGUCACUGUGGACAAGCAACUCUGUCAUGCAUUUCCCGAGUUAGUUGAUCCAAAAAUGGUGUUUGGGUUUAGGUUUGUUCAUCGGCUGGACUACGCCACCAGUGGAGUAUUGUGUGUUGCCUUGACACGUGUGGCCAGUGCAGCUAUGCAUAAAGCAUUUUCUAAAGGAGAAGCUACAAAACACUAUGUUGCUCUGCUUCAUGGUCACACUGACAAGGAAGAUAUGCUUAUCGAUGCAGCAGUUGGAAGAGAUUCGUCGGUGCUUGAUUUCCACAAAAUGUGCACAGCAAACCACAAAGAGUGCUCUAACCCGAGACAGGCCAGGACGGUGCUGGUCAGUCUAGAACACGGUUUCUAUGAUGGACGUCCGGCCAGCAAAGUCCUGUUAAAACCCUUCACAGGGAGGACUCACCAGUUGCGCGUGCACUGUACACAUAUUGGACACCGGAUUAUUGGCGACUACAUGUACAGCAACCGGACGGACACAGAGCCACACCGGAUGAUGCUCCACGCCCUGCGUCUCAUAGUGCCCCUCAAGAAAACGCCUCUAGACAUCGCAUCCACCGACCCGUUCGUGUCCAGCGUCGAUCCCAAGUGGCAGACAUCCCACGUUCUAAAUACUUACAAGAACUCACUAGAGAAUCAAGAUCUAGCCAGUAUCAAACAUAUAAAACUAGACAGCUGAUUCGUACUUGUUGUUUUUCAAACCAAUGGUUAUAAAUAAUAAUGCAAACCUGUCUAAGCACUUAAUAUUUAUCUGGUUUAGAAUUUAGAAUAUUUGGGAUUGGUUUUGACAAGAUUCCGGUUUGUCCAGAGUCUGGUCUAAACAAGUUUCACUGUACAUGUUUUCAGUUAAAAAGUGGCACCAGAUCAAGCACCGUCAUAUUAGUCUAUUUUUACAUUUGUGAUAAAUGACUCCCAAUUAA